AGAGGGGGAAAAAAAAAUGGGUCGAGCGACAAGGUGGUUCAAGGGUUUGUUCGGAAUCAAACCCUCUUCUUGUUCCGGCUCGGUCGCCGUUUCCAACCGCCUUGACCGCUCUUCACUCGCUGGAGUGUCUCUAUGCGACAGCUACGAGACGAUACCUCCUAACAUUUCCGAGAAAGAAGCUGCGUGGCUAAGAGGCUUCUUGGCGAGAAAAGCGUUGAGAGCGUUGAGAGGAGUGGUGAAGAUACAAGCUUUAGUGAGAGGCUAUUUGGUACGGAAGCAAGCGGCGGCGACUCUCCGAAGUAUGGAGGCACUUGUUAGAGCUCAGACUACUGUUAAGUUUCAGAGAGCUCUUCGCCGUAUCGGAAACGCUACUCCGGCGAGGAAGUCCACGGAAAGAUUCUCAGGAUCUAUGGAGAACCGAAACAGCGGCGAAGAGACAGCUAAGAUAGUAGAGGUAGAUACAGGGACCCGACCCGGUCCUUAUAGAAUCCGAGGACCCGUUUUAUCCGGUUCGGAUUUUUUAGACAACCCGUUUCGACGCACGCUCUCUUCACCACUCUCGGGUCGGGUCCCACCGCGUUUAUCAAUGCCCAAACCCGAAUGGGAGGAUUGUAGCAGCAAGUUCCCGACGGCGCAGAGCACACCUCGUUUCGCCGGAGGGUCUCCGUCGAGGAGCGUAUGCUGCUCCGGCGGUGGAGCAGAGGCGGACGCAGAGGCUGAGGGGGAUCCUUACCAGUUCUGUUUCUUGUCGGGGGAUUUUCACUCGAGUUCCAUGGCGGAUACGUCGUCGUUUAGGGCGAAACUGAGGUCGCAUAGCGCGCCGAGACAGAGGCCGGAGAGUAAUGCUGCCGGCGGCGGAUGGAGGAAGAGUAUCGGGGGAAAUGGCGGUGUUCGGGUGCAGAGACCGUCGUGUUCGGGUGUCCGAGACGCUGUGGUCGGAAACAUCGAAAGGCGUCGGUUCAGUGUUCAAUACCAAUCCAAUGUUAUUGCCUACUGCGCGUGCAGGCAACAUCCUCAAUCAACCAUGAUGAAUCGGCUAUUCGGGAAACCUAAGCAGGAGACGAAUGCUCUCCAAACCUUAGACAAGCUUAACGAGACUCUUGAGAUGCUUGAGAAGAAGGAGAAAGUGCUCCUGAAGAAGGCUGGACAAGAGGUUGAGAAGGCCAAAGAAUACACCAGGGCAAAGAACAAACGCGCGGCUAUACAGUGUUUGAAGAGGAAGAGGUUAUAUGAGCAACAAGUUGAACAGCUUGGGAAUUUCCAGCUGCGUAUACAUGACCAAAUGAUUAUGUUAGAAGGCGCAAAAGCAACAACCGAAACCGUAGAUGCAUUGAGGAGUGGUGCUUCUGCAAUGAAAGCAAUGCAGAAAGCAACAAAUAUCGAUGACGUGGACAAGACCAUGGACGAGAUCAAUGAGCAGACCGAGAACAUGAAACAAAUCCAAGAAGCACUGUCGACUCCGAUCGGGGCGGCGGCUGACUUCGAUGAGGAUGAGCUCGAAGCAGAGCUUGAAGAACUAGAAGGUGCGGAGCUUGAAGAGCAACUUCUUCAGCCGACAACAACCGCUCCAUUGCCUUCAGUUCCCGGCCAGGGCGUCAAACCGCCCGUCCUCAGAAGCGGACCGCUGAGGAAGAAGAACUCGCUGCAUUACAGGCUGAGAUGGCCCUCUAAGGUUAUUACACCUCCUUGAGCAGAUCUGUAUGCAUUGAUAAACAAGAACAGACGAUGUAUAUAAGGAUCCAAGUCAAAUUAAAGCGGAGGGAAACUUCAAUAAUCCUCGUCGUGAAUGCUAUCAACAUUUGAGUGUUCUUCACACAUUCUGUCUAUUGUAAUUUUUCUAUCUUCUGUGGCACUUUUCUUUUGGUAAUCUGCUCGGCUACCACUUAGUAACUUAAAAUAUUUUUCUAUCUUCACUUUCUCGCCUUCUGAAAAUGUAUCCACGUCGUAUCUGCUCUUAAAAACCAUCGUGCCGUUUGGAAAUAUUAAAACAAAACUACGUGCCGUUUCAAAUUCAAUUUAAAU